AGCUUCCAUAGCAGAAGUCAAUACACGUCAAGACAAGGUUACAAACCUGUUAAUUUCUACGGUGGCUCACCUCUGAACCGUUUGUCCUGGCUCAGAACAUCUCAGACGUUCCUUAACGCCAUUAUCGCGCUUCCCAGCACGCGUUGGCUUCUUUUCAACGCAGGGCAACCCCUCGUAGCCUCCUCAGCUCAUGUACCGACCAAGCCCUCUUCUGUUUAUCUCACAACGAACGACCAAGUUGGUGUCCUCCUGCAAAGCACCGCCAGUAAAGAUUCUCAUUACUCUCCGACGGAAACGGCGCGCCAUCUUGGUUCUCGGAUUGUAUUUCUCGGCCUGCAUGAGCCCCAGUCGGACGAUAACCCCGCCCUUCCCUCGUCAGAGUUUACUGACCCGGAUUUGGCGAUGCCAAAGCUGAAGGGUACCCCAUACUUUGCAAUGGACGUUGCAGAUCUUGAUCUCCCUCAUCAGCAAGGUCAAGUUCCGUCUUGGACAGAGCCUAGGGGGUUGAUGUCGAGUACGGAUCAAUUUUCUGCUGCUGUUUUUGCCUCAGCUCGUAGUCUUGUCGACUGGAAUUCACGCAACAAGUUCUGUCCUGCCUGCGGAUCGCCCACGUAUUCACUAUGGGGUGGUUGGAAAAUUGCAUGUUCAUCGUUGUUACCCUGGCAAGACAGUACCGAGAGAGCUCCUUGCCCCACAAGCAAAGGACAACACAAUUUUACUUACCCUCGUACCGAUGCUGCUGUCAUUAUGAUUGCGAUUGACGAAAAGGGGGAAAAAGUCCUACUGGGUAGAAACGCGAAAUUCCCCGGAAAUUUUUAUUCCGCCCUCGCCGGCUUUCUCGAGCCUGGAGAGUCGUUUGAAGAUGCCGUCGUAAGGGAGAUGUGGGAAGAGGCCGGCGUUCGCGUCUGGGAUGUCAAGUAUCAUUCUGGGCAGCCAUGGCCUUAUCCAUCGAACCUCAUGGUCGGAUUUUACGCUCGCGCCGAUUCCACCAAACCUAUCCGAACAGACCUCGAUAAUGAGCUUGUAGGCAAGUAUAUCACGUCACAUUUGGAUGCUCGAUGGUACACCCGCCAAGAGGUUCUUCAUGUGCUCAACCACCCUGAAGGCACUAGAUUUACUAGAACAGACGUGAAGAAGAUGGCUGAAAUUACCGAGGGGAGACAGGAUGAUUCCCAACCUUCCCCCCCGGCCUCUGAGGCUACACGAAGAGAGGGCGAUCCGCCUUUUAGGCUACCCCCUACUACCGCAAUUGCUGGUGUCUUAAUCAGGGACUGGGCGGACGGC